CUCAAGUCGAGUUGUUAUCAUUAUGGCGCGAAAGUAUACGCGAAAGUAAGAAUUGAAUGAUAUUUAUUCUCUAAAAUUCAUUAAAAUUGAUGUCCGAAUAAUAUUAAGUACAUAUGUAUAAGUAAUAAAAAGUUUGUUUCAUUCUUCGACUUCGUUUUCUUGAAUCAUGAACGUUGGUUGAUUGAAAUUCAAGACUAAUUAAUUCAAGAAUUUUAUAUCUAGAAUGGUGCAGUAUUGUUGUGCAGUCAACUGUACCAAUUCCAGUGAUGUGAAUCGUGAGUUUAUUUUCCAUUCCUUUCCGAAUGCUGAAAAGGACAACGAACGGCGACAAAAAUGGAUCCAUGCGAUUAAACGAAAGAAUUGGCAGCCAGGAAAGAACACGAAGCUGUGUAGUGCACAUUUCCUUCCAGAAGAUUAUGAUCCACCUGUGGUAUGUGGAAAGUACCAUUUAAAAAAAAGUGCCAUACCUUCGGUCUUUGAUUAUCCUGUCCAUUUGCAACCUAAGAAAGUUUCUGAGGGACUACGUUUAAUACAUCAUGUUACUUCGAACCAAUUCCAAAAUAAUAUCUCCUGUAAGAUCGAAAAUGAUGCUUAUCCGUCUGAUCAAAAAAAAAACGGCGAGCUUUACGAAAUUCAAAGUGAAACUGAUGAGAAAAAUCAUGUACUUGGAAUAAAUUAUGUUCCAAAAACUAGCAAUUUAAGGGAUGCGCUCGUACAAUCUGCCGAACAUGACCAGGUUAAGGUCGAAGAUGUUUACACUACUAAUUCGAGUAUGCCUUCCCUAAAAACAUCGAGCAACGACCCUUAUAAAGUAGAAACAAAACCUGAACUAUUUACUGAAGAAAUUGAGCUCGAUGAACCUGCCGAAAAGGUUGCUGAAUAUAAUUACUCUGUACAUUCGACGAUUUAUCCUCCAGAAGUAAUAUUUGUAUCUACGAAUGGUCUUCAUAAUGCAGAGGUAAAACUUGAACAAUUUUCCGAAGAAGAAAAUUCGAAUACCGAUCCUUGCAGUACAGAGGAACCACUUGAGCAACAUUUGGAAGAAGUAACACUUCCAAAACCGGAAUACUCUGACGAAGAUAGUCAACCUCCAAAUUUGACCAUUCCUUCCUUAGAAAAGUCAUAUGAGAGUCGUAAUAACGCAGAGGUGCGACCAGGAUGCUCAAAACAUCAAGAAAAUUCCAGCCAAGGUCCGAUUACUCCCUCUGCAAAAAAGGGAAAACAUCUCCCAAGCGUAAAAAAAUCAACGCAACACUCCGGCAAUGUUUCAAACGAGGUAAAGGUACAGAUGCGGGAUUCAUUCCCUUACUGCUGCGAUAUUUGUGAUAAAAAGUUUUCCAACGAACGUGAUCGGGCAAGACAUCAACAAGAUCAUUCGAAGCCGUUUUGCUGCGGAAUCUGUGACAAACGGUUUACUUAUAACAGCCAAUUCAUUAAACAUGGAUUGACACAUAGUGAAAAGAAACGCUUCAAAUGCGGCAUUUGUGACGCACGAUUCAAGCACAAUGACAGUAAAGUGGCGCACGAACGCAGGCAUGAGGAUGGAGCUUGUUUUGAGUGCGCUGAAUGCGGAAAAAAGGUAUCCCAAAAAUUCCAUCUCAUUGAACACCUGAGGCUACAUUCCGGUGUGAAACCAUUUUCUUGCCCAACGUGUAGCAAAAGCUUUGCUCGAAAAGGAUAUCUCACCAAGCACCAACGGAAGCAUAGUGAAGAGAAACCCUUCAAAUGCCGCAUAUGCAACAAAGGAUUCAAGUACAGUGCGCAUAAAUCGGAGCACGAACGCGUGCAUGUGGACAGACGUGCUUUUGAGUGUGCUGAUUGCGGAAAAACGUUUUCCUAUAAACAAUCUCUCAAUGAACACCGGAGACUACAUUCCAGUGUGAAACCGUUUUCUUGUCAAAUGUGUAGCAAAAGUUUUACUCAAAAAACUAAUUUUAAUAAGCACCAACGGGUGCAUAGUAAAGAGAAACCCUUCAAAUGCCGCAUAUGCAACCAACAAUUCAUGUAUAAUUAUAUGAGGACCGAGCACGAACGUUUCCAUGUGGAGGGCCCUCGUUUUGAGUGUGCGCAUUGCGGCAAAAAAUUCCGCCAUAAGUUCGUGCUAGCCAAUCACAUAUCGUCGCUCCCGUGCAGAAACCUCGUAAGUCCAAAUUUGAAAAUUUUACAGGAGGUACGAAAAACUGUUUAAAAAGUUCAUUUUGUAAAAGAUUCCACCAACUUUUUGAUUUUAUGUUUUAGGACAAUACCUGGAUGGUAUUUUCAAACAUAUCAUUACUUCAACAUCAGUUCAACAUCAAGUAAUUAGAUUUUAGAGGUUUUCUCGUAUCAAAAACCUCGUAUGUCCAUGGUUAGUGCAUGGUAGUCCAAGGCAGAAACCUCGUAAGUCGGAGGACUUACAAGGUUUUCAUCCUGAAAAAUUUGGACAUACGAGGUUUUGUUUGUUUGAUGUUUUUGAAUUGCCCGGUAGGAGUGUUAGCUAAUUUUUUAAGACUUACGAGGUUUCUUCCAUUCGAUCCCUCGUGUUUUUUCCUAUGAGGAAAGUAAAAAAAGUGUUUUUUGAAAAAUUUGGACUUACGAGGUUUCUGCAAGGGAGAGACGAUAUCAUCUAAAUGUACCUAUUUAAAUAUCAAUAAUUGCGUACCUAACUAAAUAUUGUGUUCAGAUUCAAAUGUGUUUUGUUCUUUUUUUCAAUGUGAAAAAAACUUGACUUAGAACUUGACCGAUUUCCCAAGUUCAGUUUAUUCUUAGUGAUUGGCACAUAAAUGCCUUAUUGACACCAGACUUGUGUUACAACUUACAUAUGGGAAAAAAUAGACGAUGGUACUUUA